UAUUUUAAUAAUUUGUUCUGAUUUAAUUUGUAGGGUUAAUUAUAACAGUACAGCAAACAAUGUAAUUGAGAAAACUAAAAUAUGUCAUAACAACAUGUUUUCUACCCAAUUUUAUUCAUUCUCUGAGCACCAACCAUCUCUGUGACCUUGCCCAGCAAGCCAUAUUCCACGGAAGGUGUGACCCAUUUCCCCAUUACAGUUACAUUACAGUCUUGCCCAAGUCAACUAUUGCUGUCUGUUCAACGUGAGAAUUUUGCAGUGAUGGAUUGCAAUCAUAAAUCAGAAUUUCGUUUUUUUAACUUCCUGAUUUACACAUAUUGAGGUCAAGUUGAUAUCCUGGUUGACUCUACACUAAACGCAAAUUAAAUCCCGAAUUUAAUAAUAACCUCACUUACAUAACUUUUCCAAGUGUGCUCUGUCGACCAUAAUGCAUCCCAUUGCCAAUACAAACCAGCAGCAAUAAAUUAAAACAUUGGCAAAUGAUAGUAAAGGACAAAGCACAGAAAACUAGUCAAGACCAAGCUCUCUCAGAAUCAGUGAUUAUGCAACAUAAGUUUGGAAAACAUUCCCUUUGCGAUUCGCGUCAUGGCCUCUUUAACUAAACAUUGCACUAGCAAUUACAGAGGCAACUCCUUCCUCUUGCUUUAUCUUUUUUUUUUGUAAAUCGCCUAUUUGUGGGAAAUUCGUGGCGUUCAUUCAAAUGAACUUCUGUUUUGAAAAUUGACUUUUGUUCCCACUGUUAUGUGGGUAAUUUUUUAGCAUAAAGAUUGUUUUAACUACGAGAAAACUCCCAUUGUUUGUUCGAAUAGUGUAAGACACUGGGAACGAGCAGAGGAAUCCUGGAUAUUGAUUGGCUGGUUAAAUAGAGGCCUAUUAGUUUCAGUCAGGCUAGAUUGAUUAUACAGCAGUAACUGGAGCAUAGACGCAGAGAGAGCACCACCAGAACCAUGUGAUUGUCAGAAGCCUGAUCGUUCUGAUACCUAUCUCACUAUGGACGCUGGAGGGGUUGGAGAGCUGCACAUUUCCACUGUCAUGCUGAACGCUGUCAGCAUCCUGGAUCCCUGGAACUGAAGAGAGACGGCGGGAGAGGGAAGGGGAGCGAGCUGCUGGAGGAGAAAGACGAGGGAGAGACUGCACCUUGCAGAGCUUCUCUGCAGCCGUUCAGCUCUAAGCAUCCGAAGAAGCUGCGAAGGGGACGGACCCUGAAGCCUCGAGGUGCUUUGAAGCGGCUGAAAGCUUUAGUUAGAGCUGCAGCAAGUAUUUUAAACAGCUUGUUUUUGCAUUACUGCAUACAUGAAAGGAACCCAUGGUAAACGUCACAGAUGUGUGCUCUGAAGAUGUGUUCUGCAAGAGGAUGUCACAUCUUUGGCAAGAUUGACAAGUUCACAUUUGUGUAUCACUGAGGAGCUUCCUUGACACCUUCUCCAGGAUCGUCAGACAUGUUAAGUCCUGGGAAGAUUUGUUAAGGUCAUCUGUGGACCAGCAGCAUCUUGCGUAUGGGAUAUUAUUUCCAUGAUGUGAAUAAAUACAGAUAUUUUUGCCAGUGGAAGGUCAAACCAUGGAAGUGCUCAGAUCUGCUCAGGUCGGCUUCUGAUAUUGGAUUUAACUGUGCUGGAGUUGCACUUAGAAAAACUUCUGCCAACACCAGAAGAAUUUCAACCAAGCUGGACUUGAUCUCACCAUGAAAAUUCCACCUAUUCUUCCUUUGUGUCCGGUGCUGCUUUGCCUUGGGAUUUUUUGCUUCCCAUCAACUCUCCAGAACUCUAUUAAGAUUACAAAAAGUCAAAACAAGCACUUAGAGGGAGAGAAACAAGUCCAUCAUCGUCCUAAACGCGGUUGGGUCUGGAACCAAUUCUUUGUUUUAGAAGAACACAUAGGGCCAGAAGCUCAGUACGUAGGCAAGCUUCACUCAAAUGCAGAUAAAGGAGAUGGAUCGGUCAAAUACAUCCUUUCAGGGGAAGGAGCUGGCUCCAUAUUUGUUAUUGAUGACAGCACAGGGGACAUUCAUGCAACGAAAAGUCUGGAUCGUGAACAGAGGGUACAUUACAUUCUGCACGCUCAAGCCUUGGACAGGAAAACAAACAAGCCUCUGGAGCCGGAGUCUGAGUUUAUCAUCAAGGUGCAAGAUAUAAAUGAUAAUGCACCAGCUUUUUUGGAGGGUCCUUACUCUGCCUCUGUCCCUGAAAUGUCUGAAGUUGGUACUUCAGUACUUCAGAUAACAGCUACAGACGCUGAUGACCCUACAUAUGGAAACAGUGCAAGAGUGGUGUACAGUAUCCUGCAGGGACAACCAUACUUUUCUGUGGAUCCCAAAACAGGAAUCAUUAGGACGGCCUUACCCAAUAUGGAUAGGGAAGCGAGAGAGCAGUAUUCUGUCGUCAUUCAAGCCAAAGAUAUGGCCGGACAGAUAGGAGGGCUGUCAGGCUCCACAACAAUUAAUAUCAUGCUGACGGAUGCCAACGACAACCCACCCAGAUUCCCGCAGAAACACUACCAGCUCUAUGUCCCCGAGUCAGCCAUGGUGGGUACAGCUGUAGGUAAGAUUAAAGCAAUUGAUCCUGACAUUGGUGUGAAUGCAGACAUGAGCUACAGCAUCAUUGAUGGAGAUGGAUUUGGCAUUUUCACCAUUACCACUGACAAAGAUACCAGAGAAGGGGUUAUUAUUCUUAAGAAGCCACUGAACUAUGAAAAGAAGAAAGUGUACACUGUGAUGAUUGAAGGCGAAAAUACUCACAUUGAUCCUCGCUUUUGGAACAUGGGCCCCUUCAAGGACACUGCCACCCUGAAAAUCAUUGUUGGAGAUGUGGACGAGCCGCCUGUGUUUUCACUCCCCUUUUAUGUGAUGGAUGUUUAUGAAAAUUCCAAACCAGGAUCUAUGGUUGGAGCAGUAACUGCACAAGAUCCUGACAGUGCCAAGAGCCUCGUCAGGUACUUCAUUGAACAUGCUGAUGAAGCAGAGGGGUAUUUCAGCAUCGAUCCUAACAGUGGGGUUAUUAAGACCACAAAGGAACUUGAUAGAGAAGAUGCACUUUGGCACAAUAUGACAGUCAUUGCAUCAGAACAUGACAGCCCAUCUCAGAUUACUCAAGUUCCAGUUACUAUUCAAGUUCUUGAUUUCAACGAUAAUGCUCCAGAGAUUGUGAAAGAUUAUGACACAAUCCUUUGUGAAAAUGCCAAACCUGGUCAGGUUAUCGAGACAGUAAGUGCUACAGACAAGGACGACUUUGCAAAUGGACCACAAUUUCACUUCUCCCUUGUUGAUACCUUCCCGCCAAACCAAAAUUUUACUCUGCGGGAUAACCAAGACAGCACAGCCAGCAUUAUGAUACGGCGCAGAAAAUUCAGUCGGCACCUACAGGAAGUGUACCAGCUACCAAUCGUGGUUUCGGACAGCGGGAGUCCCAUUCUGAGCAGCACCAGUACUCUUACUAUUAGGGUGUGUGCUUGUGAGAGGAAUGGCAAAGUUCGUACAUGCAGCACCAAAGCAUAUCUCUCUGCAGCUGGUUUGAGCACUGGUGCAUUGAUAGCCAUUCUACUCUGCAUUGUCAUCCUGUUGGCUAUCAUUGUUCUGUUCAUCACUCUGAAGCGAGGCAAGAAAGAGACACUCAUAAUAUCAGAAGAAGAUAUUAGGGAGAACGUGGUGACAUAUGACGAUGAGGGAGGAGGGGAAGAGGACACCGAGGCAUUUGAUAUCACAGCACUGAGAAACCCAGCGGCAGCCGAGGAAGUGAGAUACCGUCGGGAUGUCAGGCCAGAUGUGCAACCCUUGCCUAAACAAAGACCUCUCUCCGUCCUCAACAGCCCUGACAUCCAUGAGUUUAUUAAGCAAAAACUGCAAGAAGCAGACCUGGAUCUAAGUGUUCCUCCAUAUGACUCUCUCCAGACAUAUGCAUAUGAAGGCCAUGGAUCCACAGCAGGAUCGAUCAGUUCAUUGGAUUCGCUCACUGCACAGUCAGAACAGGAUUAUAAUUACCUUGGAGACUGGGGACUUCAGUUCAAAAAACUCUCUGAACUGUAUGGAGUGGAGAAAUCAGAAAGAACCACUUAGUUUUCAUUACCAUAGUAAAACACUGUAUGUAAAACAAAAAGUCAGAUUUUCAUUUCUUAAGCUGCAAUUGUUACACACUUUUACUGUAGCAACAAGUGCCCUUUUAAUAUUUUGAAACGUGGGUUCAACAAACAAGCAGAAGGAACGCAUUUUGAAAAUAUAAAGAAUAAACAAAAUAUUUUCCCUGGUGUAUAUUUUUUAUUGUUUAAUAAAGUUCAAUGUUCCAUAAUAAAGACACUGUGCUAUAGUUAAAAAUAGGCAGUUUGAUUCAAUAUAGAUUAGCAGAUAAAGUACUGGAGGUAAACAUGACAUUGUAGAGCUUCAGCAUUGCCUUUUCAUUCAUCUCGGACUCCAGAACUAGAUACAAUGAUGCAGUAAGUUACACUUCAUACAAAAUAUAGGCAGACAUAUAUUCCUCUAAGACCAACACAAAAAGCUGGAAUAACCCAGUGGGUCAGACAGCAACUCUAGAGAAAAGGAAUAGGUGACUUUUCAGGUCUAGAGUCUGAAGUCUCUGAAAGUCCGAAGAAGGGUCUCGACCCGAAAUGCCACCUAUCCCUUUUCUCCAGAGAUGCUGUCUGAUGGUUUGAGCUGUUCCAGCUUUUUGUGUCUAUCUUUCGUUGAAAUCAGUGACUGCAGUUCCUUCUUAAAACCCCUGUCUCACGGUGCGAGUCCACCUACGAGUGAUCCUGAGUUAAAAACAAAUCAAACUCGUGGUAAUCACGUAGAAUUAACAUAGCGAGGACCUCGGAACUCACGGAAGUAACUUAGCGACUUGCAACGCUAAUGGCAGGUACUCGGGAAACUUGUUAACUCGUGAAAAAUUUUCAACAUGUUGAAAGAUUACUACGAGUCAAAUUUACUCCUAAAGGAAAAAUUUGAAACGUUUAAACUCGUUGUAAUACCAUAGUAGCCCAUGAGUUUACCGUGGUGACUCUUGAGUCUACCGUGGGUUUGGCCUGAGUGCCAGAAGUGAAAUGUUGAAGAUUAGUCAUCUCCAGAGAACUUGGAUAGGUGACGUUUCGGGUCGGGACCCUUCUUCAAACUUUAGACCCUUCUUUCACCCGAAACGUCACCUGUCCAUGUUCUCCACAAAUACUGCCUGACACGUUGAGUUACUCCAGCACUUUGUUUUUUUUCAUAAACCAGCUUCUGUAGUUCCUUGUGUUCCAAAAUGCAAUGCUUUAUAAAUGUCUAGACAUGUUGCCUGUUUCGUGGAGUUACUCCAGCACUUUGCGUCUGUCUCCCUGGAGACCUCGUUUCCCACGCAAUGUGACAUCUACCGUGCAUACAUUGCCAACUGUUGUUUUGGCGGCAGCAACAUAAUCUCCCAGUUAGUACACUCAGUGUUGCUGAGGCCUAGUUUAUGUAGAGACAAGAAACUGCAGAUGCUGGAAUCAUGAUCAUAAAACACACACAAAGUGUUGGAGGAACUCACACACACUGGAGGAACUCAACGGGACAGGCAGCAUCAGCGGAGGGAAUGGACAGAUGUUGAUUCGGCUCGAAAAGAAGGGACCCGAUCCGAAAUGUUGCCUAUCCAUUCCCUCCACAGAUGCUGCCUGACCCGCUGGGUUACUUCGACACUUCGGGAGUUCAUGUUAUAGGAGCAAAAUUCGGCCAUUCGACCCAUCGAGUUGCUGCAACACUUUGUGUUUCGCUCAACAUGCCAGCAUCUGUGGUCCCCCAUGUCUCCAUUUGACAGCUGGAAGAACUCAGCGGGUCAUGUAGUCUGAAGAAGGGCCCUGACCCGAAACCUCGCCAGCCUGUUUCCUUCCACCGAUUUCAUGUAGUCACUUUUCGAUAAAACCUCACCGCCCCAGUUAUUCCAAGUCCAUUUAAUUACUUUUUUUUUCAUUUUUAUUUAAUUUUUAUUAGCAGUACAGUAAAUCACAUUAAUACAUCGCAUUUUUCUUAUUACAUUAUGUUGUACCACUUCAUUUUUUGAGCUUUAAAAAAGAUAGAAAUAAAAGAAGUAAGGAAAGUAAGCAAGAAUCGUGAAGGUGCAGGAAAGUGUUAGGGGAAGAGAACCCCUUAGGGAAGGAAUUAGAGAAGGAAGUAAAGAAAAGAAAUAAGACCCUAGAAAGAAAAGAAAAAAAAAGAAAGGAAAAUCAAUCGCUCUAUUGUAACACAAAACUCCGCAAAAAAGGAUAUACCAACCGUGUUUGUAUUAAAAAUUUAUUUUAUACCCCCCAUUACCAGAUCCUGGUAGCCUUUAUGUUUUAACUUAUUAUUGCACCUUAUGCUUGUAAUAGUUCCAUAAAUGCAAACCACGUCUUUUGGAAGUGAUCUGCUUUGCAUUUAAUUCCACGUGUCUCCAUUUCAUUCAUUAAGUCGCCGGUACUGUCACAUCGUUUUCGGUCAAUACAACGGAACGGUCUGAAGAAGGGCGACAAUAGACACAAAAAGCUGGAGUAACUCAGCGGGACAGGUGGCAUCUCUGGAGAGAAGGAAUGGGUGAUGUUUCAGGUCGAGACUCUUCGACAGACUGGUAAGGGAAACGAAAGAUAUAGAUGAUGAUGUAUUGUAGAGAGAUAAAGAACAAUGAAUGCAAAAAAGUAACAAUGAUAAAGGAAACAGACCAUUGUUCGCUGUUCGUUAGGUGAAAAUGAGCAGCUGGUGCGACGUGGGUGGAGGAGGGAUAGACAGAGAGGGAAUGCCAGGGUUACUUGAAGUGAGAGAAAUCAAUAUUCAUACCACUGGGCGGUAAACUGCCCAAGCGAAAUAUGAGAUGCUGUUCCUCCAAUUUGCAUUUAGCCUCACUCUGACUGGCGAAGACCUCGGACAGAAAGGUCAGUGUGGGAAUGGGAAGUGUUUGGCAACUGGGAGAUCAGGUAGGUCCAGGUAGCAACCGGGAGAGUCACGAUCCGAAAUGUCACCCAUUCCUUCUCUCCAGAGAUGCUGUCUGACCCUCUGAGUUACUCCAGCUUUUGGUGUCUAUCGUCAGUGCAAACCGGCAUCUGCAGUUCCUUCCUACACAACAAAACAGUACGAGGAGCGGUUAAUGUUAGAGGCUGCUCACUAACCUCACUAUGUUUACAUCGUCCUCUCUAGUAAUGAAUGAAUAUCAUUUGGUUACCAUAUUAUUGACUACAACCGCCCGUUUAAAAACACUAAUGACUGCUCUUUAAUUCCAGGAUAUUUGCCUGGAAACAUAUUGCAUGUUUUCGUUCAGUGAGAUAAUUCAAUUUUAAUAGACUUAAAGCCCUGUCUCAUGGUAGGAGCUGACCCACGAGGUACCCCGAAUGAAAGACUCGUGGUUGUGUACGAGAUCCCAAGUGUAUGAUCAAGAGUUUAACCGAGUUCCCACGGGUAUGACAAGUUUGCCGUUUUCUGCGAUGUUCCAAGUUCAUCUCCCGAGUUACUAACUUCCUCUCCCGAGUUACUCUUGAGUAACUACCAGGGUAGUGGGAGAUGGUGGCAGAAAUAUUGAAUGGAACACAAGUCUUGCUGUAUGUAGACUCUGCAGAAACCUGGUGGGUAUGAGAGGUUUAGAGGGAUAGAGGCCAAAUGUGAGACAAGGUCAUCACUCAGCCUUCUGCACUGCAAAGAAAAAAAAAACUCAAACCUAUCCACCUUCUUCUUGCAACCCAAGCCCUCCAGGAAGGACCUAGCUUGGCAUGAACUAGUUGGACCGAAGGGGUGGCAAAUUCAUUGCGAAAUUCGAUUUAAUAACAACUGCAAGAUUUUAAACGGGAAGCUUGCGCAUUUGGCACUUUCAUGAAUGUUGAGCGUUCCCGAGAGCUUGUGAAACUAAACGGAAAAUGCGAUGGAUAAAGUUGCAUGUUAAAAACUGCAAGUUGUUAGAGAGUCGCCCGAGAGGUGGGCAGCACUGGAGCAGUGAUACCCAAAGCAUUUAUUUCUACUUUAGUGCCAGCAUAGUUCACAACACACAAGGAUUAUGUGUGCCAUGUAUUCGUGUGAAUGAAGCGUGUUAGUGGGCGGGCAGUGUGUAAUAAGGCAAGCAAGAUGGAUAACAAUACCAUGGGACAAACUGGAGUCAUACAUAAACAAUAAAGAAUUGGACUCGAGAAUAGAAAACUCACCACUAACCAAAGCUUCGGCGGUCGCCAUGUGCAUGAGCGUAUCGAAUUUUCGCAUUUAAAGCCACUGACAAAGCUGUGUGUUCCCAGGGCCAGGUAAAACAUGCAGGUGGGCGGGGCUACCACCAGCGUUGCUGAGAGUGAGUUCAGUGGCUCACAAAGUCAUCGAUCUGUGGAGGCUCAGGCCUGGGGUGCGAUCACAGAUAGAAUCAAACAGCCCUAUUGCACUCGGAGGAGUCAGGCUCAAAGGAUUCC